AUGGAGACUCCACAGCCUCUCGGGGCAUCCUGUGCCAGUGCUCUGACCGUGGUUCUGCUCUCGGGGAAUGAAGAAUUAAACUGCUCACGAGUCCAAGCACUGUCUGUAAUGGCAAAGGAGAUCCCUAAUACCUCUUUAGCAAGAGAAAGAUAUGAAUGGGUGCGGGACUGCAUUCAGAAAACGCUGACUGAAUGGAGCUCAAAGAUUGGACAAGAUCUUAACCAGGAAAUAACGGAGGUUCUGGAGUGUACUGUAGCUCAAGCUAUAGAAAAAAUAAAUCCUGAAGAAAGGGAUGAGCUGAAAGUAUCAGCAAAACUUUUCAUCAUUGGAUCAAACUCUUCAUCAAUCAGAGAUGCUGUUGACAUGGCAUGUUCUGCCCUUGGAGUUGCUCAGUUAGACUCCGUCAUUAUUGCUCCACCUCCCGUUGAAGAUGGAACUACCCUCUCCUUGGAGUAUUUGCAACCUUAUUGGCAAGAACUUGAAAAUCUAGUACAAAACAAAAAGAUUGUUGCCAUAGGUACCUCUGACCUAGAUAAAACACUGUUAGAGCAGUUGUAUCUGUGGGCACAGGUGAAACCAAGUAGUAAUCAGGUGAACCUAGCUUCCUGUUGUGUGAUGCCACCUGAUCUCACAGCAUUUGCAAAACAGUUUGAUAUACAGCUGUUAACUCACAAUGACCCAAAAGAAUUACUUUGUGAAGCAAGUUUCCAAGAAGUUCUUCAGGAAAGCAUCCAGAACACGAAAGUACAUGAGUGGAUUCCUUUAUGGCUUCUCCGGUAUUCAGUAAUUGUUAAAAGCAGAGGAAUUAUCAAGUCCAAAGGCUAUAUCAUGCAAGCUAAAAGAAAUGCCUCUUAAAACACUUCUUCUUUCCUUUUUUUUUUAAGUGGCUUACUGUUUUACUUUCUUGGAGAUGGAGGGAACAUUGUUUUUUUUCAUAGAAACACUUUACAGCAUUUGUAACAAAGACCAAAAGUUGUAAUUAUUCCCUGUGUGUCAGCAGGAGUGUCUGCAGUGUUCUAACACUAUUUUU